AUGGUGCAGCCGUGUGAAACCGUGCGUGUGUGUACAAAGCAUAAAUCGGUAGUGUGCGGUGUAGUGUGUAUCCUCACCACUAGCAUGUCGGCCCGUGCGAACGAUGAUUGGGGCCGUGCUGUGGUGCGGUGUUGUCUGACACUAUUGCUCUACGUACUCGCUUCAUCCGUCCCGGGACAUGAACGGACAUCGCUCGUGUACGGAUCGAUCGACAGCGGUGCAGUGGCGGCGCAGAUUGCAACGCACAAUACCACCAACUAUCAUCUGCUCUCUAGUGAUAAUGGCAGUAAUAGUAGUCACCCGAGUGAUCCGUCACCAUUGGCAGCUGUCACUGUGACAGCACCAAGGGAUGGCACCCAUUUUGCGAACCGAUCAUCACGUAACACUGUCGGCGAGGCUCCGUACGACGAUGGCUGCGAUCAUGUACGAGCAAAUGCUGGCGUUGUGAAUCAACACCCCAGAAUCGCCGACGAUACGCAGGGUAACUACGUCAAGUUUGCCAUACUGCUGCCGAAAAAGCCGAGCAAAAACCGUGACAUACGCAUCCUGUCCACGGUGCUACCGGUUAUCGAGAUGGCCACGCGCGUGGUGACGGCUCCCGGUGGCUUACUACAGAACUUGCGCAUCGAAAUCGACUACCGGGAUACGCAGUGUUCGUCGACGUACGGUGCACUAGGAGCGUUCGAUAUAUUUCUCAAGCGUAAACCAGAUGUGUUCUUUGGUCCGAUCUGCGACUACGUGAUUGCACCGAUCGCCCGCUACAGCUCCGUCUGGGGCAUCCCGCUAAUCACGUCCGGUGGGCUGACCGAAGCGUUCACACUCAAAGCGCCCCACUAUCGGACGCUGACGCGCAUGAUGGGCAACUACCACGCGUUCGGGCUGAUGAUGCGCGAAAUUCACCGGCACUACAACUGGACGAUCCAGGCGUACCUGUACCAUGAGUUUGACGAAAAGUCCGGGCGCGGCUUCACCGACUGCUCGAUGGCGAUCACCUCCAUCAACCGGGCGAUCGGCGGCAACGAAACAUCGUCCGGGACCUUCGACGAGGAGACGGCCAAGUAUGCCGAUUACCUUCGACUGCUGCGUAAUAUCAAGAAGCGGGCAAGAAUUGUCAUCAUGUGUGCCAGCCCGUCGACAAUACGGGAAAUUAUGCUAGCGGCCGCCGAACUCAACAUGGUCAACAGUGGCGAGUACGUGUUCUUCAACAUUGAAAUCUUUGGAAGCAUGACGGCCACGAAGCAGCCACCCUGGUACGCCAAAAACGACACCGACGAGCGCAACCAGAAGGCGAAGGAAGCGUUCACCGCCCUGCUACAGGUGGUUGCCCGCGAACCGGAGGACGAAGAGUAUCGUCAGUUUUCCAAGGAGGUGAAGGAACUGACCAAGACAAAGUACAACCACACGUACGCCGAGGAUGAGCCCGUGUCAACGUUUGUGACGGCCUUCUACGAUGCGGUACUGCUGUACGCGUACGCCCUCAACGACAGCAUUGCGCAGCUCGGGGUGGAGCGUGCCCUCCGGCAGCCCAUCAACGGUACGCACCUGGCCCAGCUGAUGUGGGGCCGAAGCUUUAAGGGCAUUACCGGCAACGUGACGAUAGACUCGAACGGUGACCGUAUAUCGAAUUAUUCCCUACUCGAUCUGAACCCCGAGACGGGACUGUUUGAGGUCGUGGCGAACUAUUACUACGGCGGUGGGUUGCAGUUUGUCGAGGGUAAAGCCAUCCACUGGGCAGGCGAUCGCACAAAGGCACCGCCAGACCGACCGACCUGCGGUUUCGAUGGGUCCCUGUGUCCGGAUAAUUGUAAGCAUUACUUCCACAUCCCCGUCCAGCGGAUUCCUUCGACACAAAAACUUAACGAUCCUCCGUUUGCUUGCCUUCAUCCUCACACAGCACUGCCGGGCUAUGCCAUACUGUCGCUCGUGCUUGGGGUUUGUGUCGUCUGCAUGGGCAUCGCGUCCAUCGUGGGCUAUCGGCACUACAAGCUCGAGGCGGAGAUUAACUCCAUGACCUGGAAGGUGAACCCGAACGAUGUGCUGUCGUGCAAUCCGAGCCGCGGCCAUCGGGGCAGCUUCCACUCGAUGGUGAAGCGGGGCAGUCAAGCCACGAUCUACUCCGAGGAUCUUAACUCGCUGCCCGGCGAUCGGCAGAUCUACAUCCACUUCGGCUUCUACAAGGGCUGCAAGGUGGCGAUCAAGAAGAUCAACGUACAAAACCUCAGCCUCACCCGGUCGCUGAUGCUGGAGUUCAAGCGCAUGAAGGACAUCCAGCACGACCAUCUGGUGCGGUUCUACGGCGCCUGUCUUGAUCUGCACCCGGAACCGUUCAUUCUGACCGAGUACUGCCCGAAGGGUUCGCUGCAGGACAUACUGGAGAACGAAACGAUCAAGCUGGACUGGAUGUUUAAGAUCUCGCUGAUGCACGACAUCGUCAAGGGGAUGGCGUUCCUGCACUCGACCGAUCUGCACUCGCACGGUUCGCUCAAGUCGUCCAACUGUGUGGUGGAUUCGAGGUUCGUGCUAAAGGUGACGGACUUCGGGCUGCAUCAGCUGCGCCGCAGCACCGACGAUGCCGACAUCGAGAGCUACGCCUACUGGCAAAAGCUGCUGUGGACCGCUCCGGAACUGCUGCGCGAUCCCCAGUGUCCGCCGGCGGGCAGCCAGAAAGGUGACGUCUACUCGUUCGGCAUCAUCAUCCAGGAGAUUGUGUCGCGCCAGGGUCCGUUCUAUCUCGGCACCGAGGAGAAAUCUCCCAAAGAAAUUAUUAAACUAGUCAGAGACGGGCCGGGAAUAUUGGACGCUCCCUUCCGGCCAAAGGUGGACGAGUCGUCGUACGAGGACGUAAACAACAUCAUGAUCAAAUGCUGGUCAGAGGAACCGACAGACCGACCCGACUUUAGUGGGCUCAAAACCAUCAUCAGAAAAAUUAACAAAGAAAAUGAAUCUGGUAACAUAUUAGAUAAUUUAUUGCAACGCAUGGAGCAGUAUGCGAACAAUCUGGAGGCCCUGGUGGACGAGCGAACGCAGGACUACUUCGAGGAGAAGCGCAAAUGCGAGGAACUGUUGUACCAACUGUUGCCCAAAUCCGUAGCGGCACAGCUGAUCAUGGGCAAAUCUGUGAUAGCGGAAACGUAUGAUCAAGUAACUAUUUAUUUUAGCGAUAUUGUCGGCUUCACCUCGAUAUCGGCGCAGAGCACCCCGAUGCAGGUCGUCGAUCUGCUGAACGAUCUCUACACCUGCUUCGAUUCGAUCGUGGAAAACUUUGACGUGUACAAGGUCGAAACCAUCGGUGACGCUUACAUGGUCGUGUCCGGGCUUCCGGUGCGGAACGGUAAUCUGCACGCGCGGGAAAUCUCCCGCAUGGCGCUCCGGCUGCUGGCGGCCGUCUACAAGUUCACCAUACGCCAUCGGCCGAACGAGCAGCUACGGUUGCGGAUAGGACUGCACAGCGGACCAUGCGUGGCCGGUGUGGUCGGCUUAAAGAUGCCACGGUACUGUCUGUUCGGCGACACGGUCAACACGGCCAGCCGGAUGGAAUCGAACGGCGAGGCGCUGAAGAUACACGUCAGCCACACCACCAAAAUGCUGCUCGACACCUUCGGCACGUUCGACCUGACCGAACGGGGUCUCGUGCCGAUGAAGGGCAAGGGCGAGAUGCUGACCUACUGGCUGAAUGGUGAGCGGACCGAAGCGAUCGCCGCCCCGCUACCGAACGGACUGAAAGUGAUGUCUCCCGCGGGGACGUCCCCUGCAGCGAUCAUGGCGAGCCGUACUGGACCGACACUGCUUGCCACCGACAGUGUCCCCGGGUCCGAUCCUCAGCAGCAGCCACUACUACUGCCAACGGCGACCAGUGCCAGUCAAGUGAACGGAACGGUCGCCUCACCACCGGCCGGUAUCCUGAUCAACCAUCACAACCACCACCACCACCACCACAACAACCACAACAACAACAACAACAAUAACAACAACUCACCCUGUAGCAUCAACCACAACCACAGCAACAGCUCACCCAACAGCUGCCAUAAUCCGCCGGCACCGGCCAAAAAGCUCAACAGCGUGUCGUACAGCUUCGCGAAAGCGCCAGGCAACAGUAGUAGCAACACCAGUAACGGUGCCGCUGCCGCUGCCGCUGCGAGUGCGAAAGCUCCCAAACCAAAGCUCCCGGAGGUGGAGGCGUUACGUGGCGCUAGCGUUACGAAACCGUUACUUACUUGAACGAUUCGAACGAACUGGCGUGGCGUGACUGUAGACUGCAAAGAGAAAUGGAGAGAAAGAGAGAAACCAGCGGGGGGGGGGGGGGGGCGUCUGAUUAAUGAUUUGUGAUGUUAUUUUUAUUCCCAUUUUCCCCCCCUCUUUUGUACUGCAGGAGAAGGAACAUUGUCUUCCUGUAAUGGAGGCAAUUAUUUUGUUUUCUCACCAGAGAAAAUGACACAAAUAAUGCAAUUUAGCGUGUGUGUGUGUGUGUCGUAGUUGGAAAACAUGCAGGGAUAUUGUAUUAAGCGUGCACCGUAAUGGCAAGGAAAAUUGUCAAUUUGCUAUCAAUUUUCUUUGUACCGGGACGGAGUAUCUAUCAAGGAGAGUAGGCAAAAUGUGCUUAAAAAAACCUUUGAUUGCAUCCCUUGUAAGCGUGUAACUGUGUAAAUUGUGUGUUGUGUAGCUCACUGAAUCGGGCUGUAAUGAUUGAAGAAACAUGGCGUGCGGACGGUCCCGUACCUUGGUUUCCAAGGACGCCGAUACCGCCAACAACCGUUUGAACAAAACAGGAGGAGAAAUUCAACUUGUAAAAAGAUACUAAAAUAAGGUGGGAAGGGAAGGGAAGGAACACCCCCAAAAUUCGAUGUGUAUAAAGUGUAAUCCGGUAGAACAGUUACUAGAGGCAAGAGUGAUUGUAAUCCUAGUUUUUUUUUAACUAAUAAUAAUUGUGUGUGAAUGUCCUCCAUCUAUAAAAGUAUCGUAGUAGAGUACUUGUGUAAAAGAAUUGUGCCACAAUUGCAAACUGUUAUGCAAAACUGUUGGAGUUGCAAGACUUAAAACUGUUGUGAACUAAGGCGAAAGGACGUAAACAAAACAAAUGGAGGAUCACUCUAAAAUUGUAUUUUGUGCUUAAUUUUUGUAAGUGUAUAUGUAAUGUAGUACAGUAGCAAGUUUUAACACUGUAGUAAGAUGUAACGAUGUGAUGUUGAUAUGAGAACGCAUAGCAGAAGAAGAAGAAGAAGCAAACAAAUGGAAAGAGUAAAGUAGAAACCGAACAGGAAAGAUAGCAACGCGCAAAAUGCCAUUUGUAAAGUAGUGUACUUUGUGUAACAACAA